AUGAACAAGUGGUCUAUUUAUGUUCUUUUGAUAACUCUAAUAUCAAGCGUACUAUCUGGUGAUAUCAGUGGCAAGACAGAUGAUCCUUCAUAUGUACACGAUGGGGAUAUUACUGGGGAUGCCGGAUAUAUCUUGUAUUAUGGAGCUACAGUGAAAGAGAUUGCUUUCAAUGGCAAUAUUAAGUUACCUACUUACUUUUCAUUCGUAGCUAUUGAACCAGGUUCGCCAGGUGUUCUGUUCACAUACCACGGAGGUUCAAUUGAUUUGGGCCAUAGUGUUGCUCUUUAUGAUGUAUUUGCUACCGGGCCCACUACAGUGAAGAUGACUGGGGAUUCAUUUAGCGGCAAGGGGCAGAUGAAUCUAACGGCAAGUAUUCGAGAAGGAAGUACUGCGUAUUUAGACUUCAAGACACUAUAUUCUUUGGACACCUAUUUCAAGAAUUUUCAGUCAGUAACAUAUCCUGCAACAUCUACUGUCUCCUUGAGCCAAGGUUACUUGGUAGAUUCAGACGUUUUCUAUGAAGGUCCUGUAUCUUUCACAUGGAUAUAUGACUUGAGCAACAGUAGGAUGUGGUUUGAUGAUAUUGACCAUGCAACAAUACCAUUUAACUUCCGCUUUCCAUCGGGUGAAAGUGGAGUGAAUGUUAAAGACAGUGUAGCCACAAGUGGCCAUGAUAUCCUGCUUGACUCCUCGUUUGUCAAAGGUCCAAACUACGUUGGUUUUGACACUAAAGUUAUGUCGAUUAACAUCUCUAGUAACGAUCUGAACAACACUGUAUUGGAAGUUGUCACCUCCAGAAACACCUACCAUCUGAUAAUUGAUAACAGUCAAUUAGGAUUCUUGCGUUGUGCCACAUCCAAGAAUUUUAAGAUUGUUCAAAAAACUCUCGAUAGGAAUGGUACGAGUGUUACCCUGGAUGCUGUUAUGUUUAACUCUGAUGAAUCAUUUGUAUGUCCAGAUGCCAAAACCUCUACAGUGACCGAUUCGACCAGUUUCCCUGGGUGUACCAAAUAUGUGUCGUAUGCAGCAGCGUACGAUCUCUAUGGUCACUUCACUAGCGUUGUUCUUGGAUCAUCUUCUACCUGUUCAUUUUUCACCACCACUGUCUCGAAAGACCGUCUAGUGGAGGUUGAUAUUGUUACGUACUACAUUGCGUCAGAUGACACUGGGGAACACGUUGCUACUAAAACUAUCACGGUCAAGGUGGAAGAGCCAGACUACACGACGACUAUCACGUCUGAUGGGCACACGAUCACUGAGGUUGUGUCGCACAUCACCACUACUGAUUCUGACGGGAAGACGGUGACGAUCACGACGACGAUGGCGUCGUUCGCGCAGGUGGACGAGGGAGUGUUCACGUCGCCUGAGCCAUACUCGCAGCCACCUGUUGUGACGAGCACAGUUACUGAGGAUGACGGAACCUCUAAGACAGUUGUGAUCUCGUACUUCCCAUCUGAGGGUGAGGACGGAGUGACACGUACUGGGACGACGACGGUGUCGACGAUCACGCCAGCGGAGGCUGACUACACGACGACUAUCACGUCUGAUGGGCACACGAUCACUGAGGUUGUGUCGCACAUCACCACUACUGAUUCUGACGGGAAGACGGUGACGAUCACGACGACGAUGGCGUCGUUCGCGCAGGUGGACGAGGGAGUGUUCACGUCGCCUGAGCCAUACUCGCAGCCACCUGUUGUGACGAGCACAGUUACUGAGGAUGACGGAAGCUCUAAGACAGUUGUGAUCUCGUACUUCCCAUCUGAGGGUGAGGACGGAGUGACACGUACUGGGACGACGACGGUGUCGACGAUCACGCCAGCGGAGGUUGACUACACGACGACGAUCGACAAGGGCAACGGUGACUUCGAGACAGACCUCGUCUCCCACAUCACCACCAAGGACUCCAACGGCAACCCUACCACCAUCGUCACCACGAUCCCAUUGAAGCCAAGUGAUGGCGGGGAGGCGGACUACACCUCUGUGUUUGUCUCUGAUGGACACACAAUCACGAAGAUUGUUACGCAUGUGACCACCUCGGACUCUUUUGGCCACACAAUUGUGCUAUCCUCUACGUACCUGACUUACGACCGUGUGGACGACGGUGCGGUGUUCUACUCUCCUAGUGUGUCUGUGUCGUCUAACGUUUCUCGUUCAGUAGACACCUCUAUGGUGCCUACUGGUGGUUCUGGUGUUAGCUCUGGUCCUAGCUCUGCUCCUAGCUCUGGUCCUAGCUCUGGUCCUAGCUCUGGUCCUAGCUCUGGUCCUAGCUCUGGUCCUAGAUCCAUUUCUAGCUCCAUUUCUAGCUCCAUUUCUAGCUCCAACUCCAGACCUAGUUCCAAUCCUACCGGUUCCAAUUCUGGUUCGAAGCCUAGCUCCAAUCCUGGUGGUUCUACCGGUAAUACCAAUGGUGGUUCUAAUGGAGGUUCUAACUCGGGUACUAACUCAGGUUCCAACUCAGGUUCUAAUGCUGGUUCCAAUGCUGGCUCCAAUGCUGGCUCCAACUCAGGUGCCAACUCAGGUUCUAAUGCUGGUUCUAACUCUGGCUCCAACCCAGGUUCCAAUUCUGGCUCUAACGGUGGUACCAAGCCUGGUUCUAACUCUGGUUCUAACUCUGGUAGUAAUGCUGGCUCUAACAGUGGUACCAAUGCUGGCUCUAAUGCUGGCUCCAAUUCUGGCUCUAACGGUGGUACCAAGCCUGGUUCUAACUCAGGUUCCAACUCAGGUUCUAAUGCUGGUUCCAAUGCUGGCUCUAAUGCUGGCUCCAACUCUGGCUCUAACAGUGGUACCAAGCCUGGUUCUAAUUCAGGUUCCAAUUCUGGCUCCAACUCUGGUUCCAAUGCCGGCUCCAAUGCUGCCUCGAAUUCUGGCUCCAACUCUGGUUCCAAUUCCGGCUCCAACUCUGGCUCUAACAGUGGUACCAAGCCUAGUUCAAGUUCUAAUUCAGGCUCUAAUGCGUCUGCUGUCAGAGGUGGUUCGGGUAGCGGAGCAGCUACUGUUUCAGUCAGUUCUUCAUACAUCGGGUCUGUGUUCCAUGGCGACGCUGCACAGAGAGGUGCCAACUUUGUUUCCUUUGCUAUUGCAGGACUGGUCAUGGCGCUGUUCUAA